AUGUCUGACAACGACGAUUCAUACAACGAGGAUCUCUUCGCCUCGCCGUCCAAGAAGUCUACUACUCCUAAAGAACAACCGCCGCGAUCCACGACACCGUUGGCUCCUCCCAAUGCCCGCUACCAUGACACUGAAGAAAAUCGCGACGCCAAUUUGCGGCGGGAGCUUGAAGGCGUCCGGAACAUCAAUGAGCUAAUCGAAGGUGUCAUCGGCACUCUCGAACGAGCAAAGGGCAAUAUGCAUACCGUAUCCAACACGGUGAACACAGCCUCCACCCUCCUCAACACCUGGACGCGCAUCCUCUCGCAGACCGAGCACAACCAGCGCCUGAUCCUGAACCCGACCUGGCGCGGCGCCACCGCCGACCUCGCCGACAUCGAGGCCGAGGCCCUGCAGAAGCAGCGCGAGGCCGAGCAGCGCGCCGCCGCCGAGGAGCGCCGCCGCGCCGAGGCCCGACGUAGGCAAGAAGAAGAAGCGCGCCAGCGAGAAGCCGGUUCCGGUCCCAGCGCGCGUAGUGCGAGCGCGGCCGGACGCGGCACGCGCGGACGGGCCGGCGCCGGCCUGGCUAGGAGCCGGAGCGUGCGAGGUCGCGGGACGGGAGGCACGGGAACGACGACGAGGAGCGUUUCUAGUGGUGGUGCGACGACGAGUAGGCCUACGUCUGCGGCGGAUACGAGCUCGACCAGUACGGCGCGAGGCGCGUCGGGGAUCGGACGGGGGUUCCUGAGGGGACGAUCGCGAGGGCCUCGAGGAUAUUAG